AUGUCGGAAGAAAUUAAGAUUGAGACGGCUCCCUUCGACGCGCGCUUCCCGAACGUCAACCAGACCAAGCGCUGCUGGCAAAACUACUACGACUACACCAAGUGUGUUGCGGCAAAGGGCGAGGAGUACGCUCCCUGCAAGCAGUUUUUCAAGGCAUACGUGACUCUGUGCCCCAACGAAUGGAUUGAGAAGUGGGACGCGCAGAAGGACGAGGGCACCUUCCCGAUUGCCGAAAGCUCGUAA